UUAUUUGUGGUGAAUCAGGACAUCUCAGGACAGCUCCUCCCUAAGAUGGACCAUUAUCCCCUCUAUAAAAAGGCCACUAUCCCCAAUUAGCAGCACCCUGUAAGCCAUUCCAGUCUCCAUCUGACUUGUUCCUCUGGUGAACUAGGUUAAAUUUACAAAAAGAUGCCUAAACUCCUACAUGGCAUUGUCACUGUCAUUGAUCUUUUCUACCAAUAUGCCACCCAGGAUGGGGAAUGUGACACAUUGAAUAAGGCAGAACUGAAAGAACUUUUGGAAAAUGAGUUUCAACAAAUUCUGAAGAAUCCAGAUGAUCCAGACACUGUAGAUAUCAUCAUGCAAAAUCUGGAUCAAGAUCAUGACAAGAAAGUGGAUUUUACUGAGUAUCUUCUGAUGAUAUUCAAAUUGGCUCAGGCUUGUAAUAAAAUCAUUGGCAAAGAUUACUGCCAAGCUUCAGGGUCAAAGCAGACAGACCACAGUCACCAGUACCAAGAGGAACAGAAUGAAACAGAAGAGGAGGACAGAAGGCAAGGUCAUUCAGGGUCAAGUACAGAAGAGAAUAAUUCCUAUUCUGGGGGCUCCAGAAGAAGGAUUAAACACAGGCCUGGGUCCAGCUCCAGAAGAAUGGGUCAUCAAGGAGGCUUAUCUAGUUCAGAGCACAGGCAAAGCUCUGGGGAAAGGAGAGAGUCAAGUUCAGGCCACUUCAAGGAUAGUAAGAAAAACAAGCAUGGCUCUCAUCAGCAAGAGAGAUCUGAGAGUCAUUCUUCUGGUCAGAGGCAACACAGAUCCAAUUCAAGUGGUCAAUCGGGACUUGGUAGACAACAAAAACAGAGUUCUGAAUCAAGAGAGUCUUCAAGUUAUGAGGGAUAUGGGUCUGAAUCAGGCCAGUCCAUAAGCAAUGGCAAAACUCAUUCAAGCUCCUAUGAGUCCUCUACUCAGAGAAAACAUAGCAGCAGCUCUAGUUAUCAGUCAGGAGGGUAUGGAAGACAAAAGCAUGGGUCUGGCUCGGUUCAGUCUUCUGCCUCUGGUCACCAUGGGUCUGGCUCAGGACAGUCUUCUAACCACAGUCACAAAGAACAUGGAUCUGGACAGUCUUCUAGCUAUGGACAAUAUGGUUCUGGCUCCAGUUAUCCUUCUAGGCAAAAAUAUCACGAAUCCAACUCAGGUGGUUAUCCAGGGAGUUGUGGAAGACAAAAUCAAGGGUCUUGGUCAGGCCAUUCCUCUAAUUAUGGAAAAUAUGGAUCUGGUUCUAAUCAAUCUUCUAGUCAGAAAUACCAUGAGUCUAGCUCAGGAUCCAGUUUAGGUGAGUCAUCAAGCUGUGGACAACAUGGAUCUGGAUCAGGUCAGUCCUCUGGCUAUGAACAACAUAGAUUUGGCUCAGGUCAGUCUUCUGGCUUUGGGCAACAUGGGUCUGGCUUAGGUCAAUCCUCUAGUUAUGGACAAAAUAGUUCUACUUCAGGACAAUUAUCAAGCUGUGGACACUAUGGAUAUGGCUCAGGUGAGUCUUCUAGCCAUAGCCGACAUAGGUCUGGUUCAGGAGAGUCUUCUAGCUAUGAACGACAUAGGUCUCGCCAAAGUCGAUCUUCUAGCCACAGGAGACAUGGGUCUGGGUCAAGAGAGUCUUCUAGCUAUGGACGACAUAGGUCUGGCUCAAGUCGAUCUUCUAGCCACAGCCAACACAGAUCAGGCCAGUCUUCUGGCUAUGGCCAACACAGAUCUGGCUCAAGUCAGUCCUCUAGGUAUGGCCAUCAUGGGUCUGGAUCAGGUCAAUCUUCUGGCUUUGGGCAACAUGAGUCUAGCUCAGGAGAAUCUUUUGGCACUGAGCAUGGAUCUGGCUUAGGUCAGUCAUCAAGCUCUGGACAGCAUGAAUCUGGAUAUGGUCAAUCCUCUGGCUAUGGACAACAUGGUUCUGCUUCUGGACAGUCAUCAAGCUGUGGUCAACCCGCAUCUGGAUCAGGUCAGUCUUCUGGCUUUGGGCAACAUGGCUAUGAAUCAGGUCAAUCUUCUAGCUAUGGUCAACACAGGUCUGGAUCAGGACAGUUUUAUGGCCAUGGUCAACAUGGUUCUGGCUCAAGUCAAUCUUCUAGCUAUGGACAAUAUGGUUCUGCUUCAGGACAGUCAUCAAGCUGUGGGCAACAUGCAUCUGGAUCAGGACAGUCUUCUAGCCAUGGUCAACACAGAUCUGGCUCAAGUCAGUCCUCUAGAUAUGGUCAUCAUGAGUCCAGAUCAGGUCAGUCUUCUGGCUUUGGGCACCAUGGGUCUGGAUCAGGUCAGUCUUCUAGCCACAGCCAACAUGGGUUUGGAUCAGGCCAGUCUUCUGGCUUUGGGCAACACAGGUCUGGAUCAGGUCAAUCUUCUAGCCUUGGUCAUCAUGAGUCUGGAUCAGGACAGUCUUCUGGCUAUGGUCAGUAUGGUUCUGGAUCAGUUCAAUCCUCUAGCUAUGGACAAUAUGGUUCUGCUUCUGGACAGUCAUCAAGAUGUGGUCAACAUGCAUCUGGAACAGGACAGUCUUCUGGCUAUGGUCAACACAGAUCUAGCUCAAGUGAGUCCUCUAGAUAUGGCUAUCAUGGGUCUGGAUCAGGCCAAUCUUCUGGUUUGGGGCAUUAUGGGUCUAGAUCAGGUCAGUCUUCUAGCUUUGGGCAACAUGAAUAUAGCUCAGGAGAGUCUUCUGGCACUGAGCAUGGAUCUGGCUUAGGUCAGUCAUCAAGCUCUGCACAGCACGAAUCUGGAUAUGGUCAAUCCUCUAGCUGUGGACAACAUGGUUUUGCUUCUGGACAGUCAUCAAGCUGUGGUCAACAUGCAUCUGGAUCAGGUCAGUCUUCUGGCUUUGGGCAACAUGGGUCCAGAACUGGUCAGUCUUCUAGCUAUGGCCAGCAUGGGUCUGGAUCAGGUCAGUCUUCUUGCUUUGGGCAACAUGGGUCCAGAACUGGUCAGUCUUCUAGCUAUGGCCAGCAUGCAUCUGGAUCAGGUCAGUCUUCUGGCUUUGGGCAACAUGCCUAUGAAUCAGGUCAAUCUUCUAGCUAUGGUCAACACAGGUCUGGAUCAGGACAGUUUUAUGGCCAUGGUCAACAUGGUUCUGGCUCAAGUCAAUCCUCUAGCUAUGGACAAUAUGGUUCUGCUUCAGGACAGUCAUCAAGCUGCAGGCAACAUGCAUCUGGAUCAGGACAGUCUUCUAGCCAUGGCCAACAUAGAUCUGGCUCAGGUCAGUCCUCUCGAUAUGGUUACCAUGAGUCUGGGUCAGGGCAGUCUUCUGGCUUUGGGCAAUAUGGGUCUGGAUCUAGUCAGUCGUCUAGCUAUGGCCAGAAUGGGUCCGGAUCAGGUCAGUCUUUUGGCUCUGGACAACAUUGGUCUGGAUCAGGUCAAUCUUCUAGCUGUAGACGACACAGAUCUAGCUCAGGUCAAUGUUCUAGUUCUGAACAAUAUGGGUCUGGCCCAUGUCACUCAUCUAGCUCUGAGCAGUGUGGUUCUAGAUCUGGUCAGUGUUCUAGCUCUGAGCAAUAUAGGUAUGGCUCAUGUCACUCAUCUACCUCUGGACAAUGUGGUUCUAGAUCUGGUCAGUGUUCUAGCUAUGAGCAACAAGGGAGAUAUAGGUCAAGUUCAAGUGGAACUCAUAAUGAAUACAACAGACCCCAUAUGGGCUCAAUCCCUAAUCAAUCAAGAAGAAAUAGCCAGGAAUGGUCAGGGUGCGGCCAAAAAGAAAGAAGUAGGUGUUACAGCCUAUCAGGUAGUAGGCCUGAUGUAUAUGAGAGUAUUCAUGGACAAUCAAGAACAUGUAUGCAACAAAGCCAAGGAUGGAGCCAAGGUCCAUGGGAAUCUGGCUUCAUCGAAUCAAACUGUAAUGAAGGGCAAUCAGGAAGCAGUUGCAGACAAGUAGAAAGCUCCUCGAAUUGUAGCUCUGGACAAUUGAUACCCUCUUUUGGACAGUCUAGAUCCAACACUACCAAUACAUUGUUAAUUUGCAAGGAGGAUAACAGACAAGGUGACUACUGUUAUAAAAGAGGAGGAGAUAACUGUGCAGGGGGAAGUACCGGCCCAAGUUCCCAUAAUUUCCACAGCAGCACACCACUGUAUGAAUAUAUCCAAGAGCAGCGUGCCAAUUCUAAGGAUAAAUAAUAAAUAGAAGUGAAAUUCAUUCAAGUAGCCAUUUAAGAAAUACAGCACUGUUACAGAUAAGCAAUUCAUUAUAAAACUUCUUUUAAAAGUGGGUGUAUCUGUUUCUUCUUCUAAACACGUAACUGUACUCUAUUCCUUGUUAUUAAGGUUCCCUCAGAGAAUGUAGGAUAUGUGAGCACUUUGUUAGGAAAUACUGAGUUGAACAAAUUAUGUGUGGGACUACAUUUGAAAGAAUAAUACAAAGCAUAUGAGGAGCACGGGGUUUAGUUGAGAUAUCAUUUCAAGAGCUCAUUAGUCAUUUUAAGAUGCCAAAGCCAAACUUUCACCCCUAAAGAACAAAGUAUUAGAAAUGCAUUACCAGUUCUGGAUCCAAAGCCUCUCUUACAGAAACAUGGAUCAUAAUUUUUGGUGCUCCCCACAUUGGAUGGUGAUGGAAUGGAGAGAUCCUAAAAGGAAAAGUACGCGUUGGUAGUUUCUUUGCCCAUCAAAACCACCAAGACCCUAUUUUUGGGUAAAUCUUUCAUCAAUAAGCUAACAAAUGGCAUUAAAAAGUGGCACUAGGAGCUUCUCCCUCACCAGUGAAUAAAAGCAUUCUUUCUUAAAGAGCAGGGAUGGAUAUUUUCAUGAUUAAAGGAUACAAAUGUGGACUCUAACUUGGUUUCAGCAAUAAAGCUCUUGCCCCCUCCUCCUAAGGAUUUGCUCCAGGUUAAAAAAGGAAGAGCAAUAGCAUGGAAAUAUACUGUCUCCAAACUACUUUUGUAGUUCAUUGGUCUUUCAGUGUAGGAAAAUAUCAUUUAUGCCCAGAUGGAAAGGAAGACUAUCUACCACUGCUAUAUUGCUCCUUGAUUUGACUAUAAUAUAUUUGUUUCAAGUCUUUGGAUUCAAAUUACUGGAUAUCAUUAAAAUUGACAGCAAAUUAUGAUGAUCAUAUACUAAA